UAUGAAUUUUUGAAAAAGAAAAAGUUAUCUAUAAAAACUGACAAGUUAAAAAAUUACUAAAAAUUGAAAAAAGAGUAAAUAAUAGUUGAUUUCAAUUAAUAGUUGAAUGAAAAUGAGUUUUUUUUUGGAGGUUCUCCUCUUUUUCCUAAGGAGAAUAGGGAAGAAAAAGUUUUGUAGAGCACAUUGGUAAACCUUGAAAAACCAAUUGAAAAUCUUGUAUGGUUGAAUUGAAUCUUUUAACUUUAUUAGUUCAUAAAUCUUUUGACUUUAUUAGUUAAUGUUCCUAAUUAAUGGAGAGGCAUGUCAUCCUCUAGUAACUAUUAUUCUAGUGGUGAGAGCUUCAACUUGAGGUAUGAGCCUUUGAAAUGUGAUUGUGGGCUAAGAGCUGCUAUAAGGGUUACCGAGUCUGACAAGCCAUCUAAAGGGAGACUGUAUUUCAUUUGUGAGAAGAGAAAUUGUCAAUUUUGGAGGUGGUGUACCCCAAAAUCUAUUACGAUGGUAGAGAGGCUGAGGAACAAGAGAAUGAUUGAUCAAAAUCAACAUAUGGAGACUGUAGGACUAAAAGUGAAGAACCAAAUGCUUGAGCAAUCCAAUGCUUUCAUGAAGCAACUUGUUGUGGGUCUGGUCACGAUUUGUAUUGUUAUGUCAGUUACAUUACUCUUUAAAUGAUGAUAGGUGCCGUUUAGAGAUACCCGAUGUUUUUGUGCUAAGUAGUUUACCAUGAACUAUUGUACCCAAUGAAAGUUGACAUAAUUGCCAUGUAUGGUUAUUUUGUACUAAUCUAGUUAUUAUAAUGCAAGCACUGAUGAAUGAGUUUGUUUUAAAUUUUUUUUUCUUUCAUAGAAUGAGUACCCAAGAGGAAACACAACCUGAAAAUAGGAAGAACAAGGGAAAAUCAAGUCAAGUACCAUCUGUUAAAGCUCAUUGGGAUGCAAAAUCAAAUGAAAUUUUUAUUAAGAUUUGUGUUGAGCAAGUGAAGGUUGGACAUAGACCUGGUACACACUUAGAUAAGGUCAGGUGGGAAAAUGUGAUAACUAAGUUUAAAAGUAUGACUGGAAAAGCAUACCAACGAACACAAAUGAAAAAUCAUUGGGAUGUGUUGAAAAAAGAUUGGCUUUUAUGGAAUAAUCUAUUAAGGGGUAAGACAGGUUUUGGCCAUGAUCCAUUGACUGGAGCUAUAUCUGCAUAUGAUGAGUGGUGGACUUUGAAAUUGGAGAGGUAUCCUGAUGCUGCUAAAUUCCGGCGUAUGUCGUUGCAAUUCGCUAAAGACUUAGACAUACUAUUCUCAGAUGCAGCUGCUACAGGAGAAUGGGCAUACACUCCUAGCUCAGGGGUAAUGCCUCAGGCUGAUGAGAUGUCGGAGGAAUUUCAUACCCCACAUGAUGCUGAAUUUCAUGAUGAUGUUGAUUUGGUGGUGGUUCGUCCUUCCGAGUUAAACAAAAAAUGGUCAUCAAACACUGAUGGUUCAUCAACCAAGAGCAAGACAAAGAAGAAAUUUACUGGUGCAGCUCUACUGAACAAGACACUUGAUCGUAUAGUCAAUGUGGUUGAAUCAUCUUCAGCAACUUCAACACAAACCUCAUCAAGAUAUCCUUCAAUUGUAGAAUGUUUGGCGUAGUUGAAAAGCAUCCCUGGUGUGUCCCCGGAUGAUGAGUUGUAUGUAUGGGCUACCAGAUUGUUUUUACGAGACAAGCGUCGUGAGUGCUUUAUGAGUCUUCCAACAGAUGAAGUUCGGUUGAGGUUUCUAAAGUUGGAGAUUGAGAUAGAAAAGACCACCAUAGGUUAUCGCGGCUAAUUGUUUUUGAGAUGGACUGUUGUGUUGAACUCAUUAUUUUUUUUUUUUUAUUAAUAUUUUUGUUGGACUUUGAUGGAUAUUAUUGACUAUGUUGGACUUUUAUUAUUAAUAUUUGACUAUGUUGGACUUUGAUUAAUAUUGAAAAAUGUUGGACUUUUAUUAUUAAUA